GCACCGGAAGUGGCCCUGGAGGGUUUGCCUUCAAACUCUCGGCGAAAAGUGGCAUCGGUGGGUGGUGACGGUUGAACCUGGCCGUGCCGGGCCGGGAGCGAGAGCGGGCGGUGGGGGCUGCGCUGGCCCUUCUUCCUCGCUGCCCGGAGCUCUGCUCGGCACUUGCCUUCCGCCCGCGGUGGACGGCUUCCCACGGCGCCUCGGCCUCGGUAGCUUACAGUUGAGCAUGAGUCUUCUUAUGAUUAGUGAGAAUGUAAAACUGGCUCGUGAAUAUGCAUUGCUGGGAAACUACGACUCUGCAAUGGUUUAUUAUCAGGGAGUUCUUGACCAAAUGAACAAGUAUCUAUACUCAGUCAAAGACACAUACCUUCAGCAGAAAUGGCAACAGGUUUGGCAGGAAAUAAAUGUGGAAGCUAAGCAUGUGAAGGAUAUCAUGAAAACACUAGAGAGCUUUAAACUAGACAGCACUCCCUUGAAAGCUGCACAACAUGAGCUUCCRGCUUCUGAGGGAGAAGUUUGGUCCUUGCCCGUACCUGUCGAAAGAAGACCCUCACCAGGACCUAGAAAACGCCAGUCUCCUCAGUAUGGUGACCCGAAACCACAUGGUAACCGCCCAAAUACAACUGUCAGAGUUCACCGUCCAUCUGCACAAAAUCUUCACAAUGAUAGAGGGAAAGCAGUUCGUUGUCGUGAAAAGAAAGAACAGAAUAAAGGAAGAGAGGAAAAGAACAAGUCACCUGCUGCUGUUACAGAACCAGAGACAAAUAAAUUUGAUAGUACUGGAUAUGAUAAGGACUUAGUAGAAGCUUUGGAAAGAGACAUAAUUUCUCAGAACCCCAAUGUUCGAUGGGAUGAUAUUGCUGAUUUAGUAGAGGCUAAAAAGUUGCUGAAAGAAGCUGUAGUGUUACCAAUGUGGAUGCCAGAAUUCUUUAAAGGCAUUAGAAGACCAUGGAAAGGAGUAUUGAUGGUUGGCCCGCCUGGCACAGGAAAGACCCUUCUUGCUAAAGCAGUAGCUACAGAGUGCAAGACAACAUUCUUCAAUGUCUCUUCAUCAACUCUGACUUCCAAAUACAGAGGAGAGUCUGAGAAGCUUGUUCGUCUUCUGUUUGAAAUGGCUCGAUUUUAUUCUCCAGCCACCAUAUUUAUUGAUGAGAUAGAUUCCAUUUGUAGUCGAAGAGGGACUUCUGAAGAGCAUGAAGCAAGCAGAAGGGUGAAAGCAGAGCUGCUGGUUCAAAUGGAUGGUGUUGGAGGUGCUUCUGAAAAUGAUGACCCUUCCAAAAUGGUUAUGGUUCUAGCAGCUACUAAUUUUCCCUGGGAUAUAGAUGAGGCUUUAAGACGACGUCUUGAAAAACGAAUCUAUAUUCCUUUACCAUCAGCAAAAGGCAGGGAGGAACUAUUACGAAUAAGUCUGCGUGAGCURGAAUUGGCUGAUGAUGUUAACCUUGCAAGCAUAGCAGAAAACAUGGAAGGUUAUUCAGGUGCAGACAUUACCAACGUGUGCAGGGAUGCAUCUUUGAUGGCAAUGAGAAGGCGUAUUGAGGGUUUGACCCCAGAAGAAAUUCGAAAUCUUUCAAGAGAAGAAAUGCAUAUGCCUACAACUAUGGAAGAUUUUGAAAUGGCUUUAAAAAAGGUUUCUAAAUCAGUAUCUGCUGCAGACAUUGAAAGAUAUGAGAAAUGGAUAUUUGAAUUUGGAUCAUGCUAAAUUCUCACAUGUAAACUGUGAGAAAUCUGCCUUAAGUCUUUGAAAAAUAAUUAAAUUUAGUAUUUCAUUGCACUGAGUGCUAUAUUUUUUUAAAAUUUUAAAAUGGUAAGAUUUAAAAAAUCCUUAUAAUUCGAAAUAAAGGCAAUUUUUUUAAGCUG